UAUAAUAAACAUCGUCAUUAACUAUUUACGACAUGAUUAUCAAUUUGGUUUUUUGUUUAAAGUAUAAAUGUUAACAUUGUGAUUAUGGUGAUUAUCCCAAUAAUCAAUUUAGAUCAUAAGUUUGUCUUCAUUCUUCCAAGGUAAACAUAGAUACUUACAUGGAUUAUAUUUUAAGAUCUUAUCUCACCAAUCACCACCAUAAAACUAUCGUUCUUCCCUUUAUCCCUUAACUCCGUUACAUACUCCGGUGAAGUAGCAACCACAUGGAGAAGAAACAUAUUCUCCUACUAAUCUUCUCCCUCUUUUUACUCAAACCAAUCGCCGAUGCCAAGGACAACUGUCCGCCGGCAUCCUGCGGCCCCAACGAACCAGAAAUACGGUUCCCGUUCCGUAUCCUCGGCCGGCAAUCGAGCCAAUGCGGUUUCUCCGGCUUUGACAUCCUCUGUGACGAACAAAACAAAACAACCAUCCAACUCCCGUUAUCCCUCACUUACAUCGUCAACAAAAUUUCCUACCUCGAACAGGUGAUCUACUUAGAUCCAGAAUUCUGCCUCCCAAACCGAAUUGUCAGUGUCAAUAUGACCAAUACGCCAUUCAGAAGUCACUUAUGGAUGCAGAGCUACACCUUUUACAACUGCUCCUUACAGAAAGACCAAAGCUUCAACUUUUCCGACGCCAACGUUCCAUUCCCUUGCCUGAGCAACGGAAAUAGCUCGGUAAUUGCUGUGGAGACCGAUCCUUGGAUUCGUGUGCACAUGCCUUCGAGUUGUAAGGUUAUGACGACGAUCGAUGUGCCUGUUGGGUUUAACAGCGACUUUGGAAGUCAAUUGGAGAUGAUAUGGUUCACUCCGUUUUGCAGAUCGUGUGAAAGUGAAGGUAAAGCUUGUCGAUUGAAGAGUGAUGAUAAUAGUGACGGACAGACGAUUUGUGUUUCCCGCGGAAAAGGUAUUUCUAGGAUUGCUAUGUACGGAUUGAGCGUAGGCGUCUGUGUUUCCACAUUAAUAUGCAUCAUCGUGUUUAAAUGGUACGCGUCUUCCAGAGCACAAGCCCAUAACGACUCUAAUAAUCAAGGCAUUGGCCUUUCCACAAUUGCAAUCAUCCGACAGCCCACCUCCAAAAUGGGUUUAGAUGGGCCCACGAUCGAGUCUUAUCCAAAAACCGUGUUUGGAGAGAGUUGCAGAUUGCCUAACGAUGAUGUUACUUGUGCUAUUUGUCUUUCUGACUACAAGCCUAAAGAGUCGUUGAGAAAAAUCCCGGAGUGUAAUCACUAUUUUCAUGUAGAAUGCAUAGACGAGUGGCUCAAGAGAAAUGCAACUUGUCCCGUAUGCAGGAAAACACAAGAAAGUGCUGUGUUGGUUACUCCUUGUUCUAAGACAUCAUCAUCGAAUUCUGUAGAUAUAUCUUAGAAAACGAAUUGAAGGUCUUGGAUAUUGAUACUACCCUUUACUUGUAUUUUUGCAUAUGUAAACCAUAAGUUAUAUAACAAAGCUAUAAUACCAUAUAAAUAAAACGGUUGAUGAUUAAUAA